UAAAUUCUCAAAUAAAUUCAAAUGAAUAAUGGAAGAAGACCCUCAAAGAUGAGGGUGCUUAAACAAAGACCUUCUAGUCAUUCUAAGACUACGAAAAUCCCUCCUCGUGCUAAUAAUAAUGUGCCUAACUUCCGGUUUUCAAGGCCUCAAUACUCAAGUUUACGAAAGGAAGAAUACAAGAAAAAUACUUCUCAAUUUUAUGAGUUGGGAAAAUAUUUGAGAAAUACAGAAUCGGGAGGAAAGUGCCUGAAUUGAUCACAAUAUUACGACAGAAAAUCAAGUCUUACAAACUCGGUCGAUGCUUCUAGGAAGAAGUUCUCUUCAAUAGCAAAACGGAGUAAUUCUGUUUAUAAAGCAGGCAACAGUAGCUUUACAGCUGGUUAUCAGCACCCCCUGGGUAGUAGGAUCUUGUCAAAGGCGGAUACAAUCCUUGAGAAGGGCAAGAAGUACUCUUCAGAGUACUAUAGUCAGAAUAAGAGGGUUUCUUCUAUAAAAAUAACUUCAAAGAAUGAAAGACAAAAGAUCUCAUUCACAAGUCUUCUUAAGAAACACCAACAAACAAGGGAGACCUGGAAAAGAAAGCUGCACAGAGUCCAAGACCUUGACCAGAGUUUUAAAGAUCUAGACCAAGUAGACCCUGAUGAAGUUGAGAGGGAAGUUCCUGUGAAGAUCGAUACACAAGAAGUCAGAGGUAUCAGCGAAGAAGCCCCUGCUAAAUUAAAUAAAUCUGUUGAGGAAUCCAGGAUAAAGAUUUUUAAUGGCGAGCCAAAAUCAAAAGAGAAGAAAGCCCUUCCUGCACCACUUUCAAUUCUGAAGCCUGUCAUACAGCAAGUAAAUAUAUGUAAGAGCGAUGAGUUGAAGAGGCAGAAGGAAGAAGCUGAGAAAUGUCACAAAAGAGAUGAGAUGAUGAAGGAAGUUAAUGAUAUUAUUGGAGAACUCCAGUCUAUCCUUCAUCCUAAAACUUCCAAUACUUAUCAUGAGUCUAUCAGUGAGCUACCUGAGUUUCUCUCCUUAUACAGUGAGUCUCCUGCGAAGCGACCAGUUUUGGGAGACUGAAAAUAAAAAUCUCUGAAAUGAAGAAUUUUUAAGUAACAAUGAAAGUAUAAAUUCCGGAAAAGAAAAUUUUUAUGAUGAAGAUCUUCAGGACAUGGAGAGCUUCCAUAAAGAGAUCGAAGCUAAAAUUGCUAAUAAUACAUCCAACAUUUACUGAGAUAAAGGGCUUAGUGAGUACAACAACUGAGAUAGCCCAAAAACACAGAAGGAAGAGAAAAGAGUGCUAAUCGACAUGACCAACCAACAAUAAUUCUAUUUAAUCGUUA